AUGCCACCGCGUCGCGUCAAGAUCAAGGGCCUCCCCGCGUCGCGCCCCUCCGCCAUAAGUCCGCUCCCUCGCUCCGCCUCUCUCACCGCCACAUCCGCGCCUGUCGUCUCCGCGUUUCUCGGCGCGCUCGGUCGCUACCGUCGCCUGCUGCUCGUACUUCUGCUGCUCGCGCUCUCCAACAUCGCAGGGUACUACUACCCGGUGCUCUGGUCGCCCGCCCGCCGUGCGACGCUGCUGGCCACCCGCGCGACGCUGUCGCACUGGUGGGCGAACGCGUCGCAUCCGUCGCAGGCACUGCAGGCGCUGCCGUCGCUGGGCAAGGAAGCGGGCUACGAGCUGAGGAGAAUCAUUGCCAGCGGCGAGGAGCCUGGGGAAGCGCGGAGGGCAGGGGGAAGGGGAGGGGGAGGGGCAGCCACCCCAUCUCCCGCCUUUUCACCUCUCCCGCCCCGCCCUCCGCUCGCUGGUCUUCCUCGCCCGCCACGGCCUGGGCAACAGCCUACUCUGCCACGCCUCUCACCUGUUUCUCCCCCUACCGCUCGUCCUCCUCUCCCCCCUCUCCAUACAGCAGCCAGCCCAUCUCCCGCCUGGCCCAUCUCUCCUGCCCUGCCCUCCGCUCGCUCGUCUUCCUCGCCCUGCCACAGCCUGGGCAACAGCCUGCUCAGCCAGCCUAUUACCCGCCUGGCCCACCUCUCCCGCCCCUCACUCCGCUUGCUGGUCUUCCUGGCCCGCCACGGCCUCGGCAACUCCCUUCGUGGCUUCGUGUCCGCCUUCGUGUUCGCACGCCUCUCAGGAAGACACCUGGUCACCCUGCACGCGGGGGAGCACCACAAGGUCAGCCAGCCUAUUACCCGCCUGGCCCACCUCUCCCGCCCUGCCCUCCGUUCGCUGGUCUUCCUGGCCCGCCACGGCCUCGGCAACUCCCUUCGCGGCUUCGUGUCCGCCUUCGUGUUCGCACGCCUGGCGGGGCGGCGGCUAGUCACCCUGCACGCGGGGGAGCACCACAAGGUGUAUGACCUGCUGUGCCAUGCGUUUCACUGCGGGUUUGAUGGGGUCAGAUGGGGCGGGCUUGGGGGAGGUGGAGGGGGGGGAGAAGCGGGGAAAGAUGGGGAAGGAGACGGGGGAGGAGACGGGGGAAGAGGGGGAGGGAGAGGAGGGAAUGGAACGGAGGGUGGGGGAGGGUACGCGGCGGGGGAGGGGGGCAUGCUGCUGCCGAUGGAGCUGUAUCGGCGGUUCAAUGAGCUGCAGCCCAAGUACCUGAUGGAGAGCAUCAAGAGCAUCCCAGCAAUGAGGAACGCCAUUGCCUCCACCCAUCCCAUCCUCGGGGCUCGCACCGGCUCUCACUUUGACCUCUUCUGGCAUCGCAAUGACACGCUACGGAGCUGUGUCUAUGCUGCCUUCAAGUGCAG